UCUCUCCCCCCCCCCCUCCGGCAUUCCAGCUUCUUCAGCUACCCCAGAGUAGAAACAGUGUCUAAAUUUUCCGGUGGCAUUUUUCGCUUCUCCCCCUCUCCCUCAAGUCUUUUUUUUUUUUUCCCCGUCUCGGUACUUGUCUCCGCUGCUACCGGGGGGGCUAGCGAGCAGUUCCGAGCGAGCGCCGGGCGCAGCGGAAACCCUUUUGUGGCGGAGGACGAAGUUGUGUUAUAAUGGGUGUAUUUGACAAUAGGAGAUUUGUUCCACAUCCUUCUAGCAGCUUAUACUGAGCAGUGGCACUGCACCUCAAUCCGCCUCCGUGUUCCCCCCGAGGACCUCGAUAGGAACAAGGAACUGAACAGCACAACUGAGAAACUGAAAAGAACAAACUAAAACUGCCAAGAUGUCGGGGGCUUCAGUGAAGGUAGCUGUGAGAGUACGACCCUUCAACUCCAGAGAAACCAGCAAGGAUUCAAAAUGCAUUAUUCAGAUGCAGGGCAACUCCACCACGAUUUUGAACCCCAAGAAUCCAAAGGAAUCCCCCAAAUCCUUCAGCUUUGACUACUCCUACUGGUCGCAUACCUCGAUAGAAGACCCCUGCUUCGCCUCGCAGUGUCGGGUGUACAAUGACAUCGGGAAGGAGAUGCUGCAGCACGCCUUCGAGGGCUACAAUGUCUGCAUCUUCGCCUACGGGCAGACCGGGGCCGGGAAGUCCUACACCAUGAUGGGGAAGCAGGAGGAAGGCCAGGAAGGGAUCAUCCCACAGCUCUGCGAGGAGCUCUUUGAGAAAAUCAAUGACAACAACAACGAGGAGAUAUCCUAUUCUGUAGAGGUCAGCUACAUGGAGAUCUACUGUGAGAGGGUGCGGGAUUUGCUCAACCCCAAGAACAAAGGCAACCUGCGGGUUCGGGAGCACCCCCUUCUCGGGCCCUACGUGGAAGACCUGUCCAAGCUGGCCGUCACCUCCUACACCGACAUCGCCGAUCUCAUGGACGCCGGGAACAAAGCCAGGACUGUGGCUGCAACCAACAUGAACGAGACGAGCAGCAGGUCUCACGCUGUCUUCACGAUUGUCUUCACUCAGAGGAAGCUUGACAGCGAAACCAACCUCUCCACAGAAAAGGUCAGCAAAAUCAGCCUGGUGGAUCUGGCAGGCAGCGAAAGAGCUGACUCCACAGGGGCUAAAGGGACGAGGUUAAAGGAGGGUGCAAAUAUCAACAAGUCUCUGACAACAUUAGGAAAAGUCAUCUCUGCCCUGGCUGAAGUUAGCAAAAAGAAGAAGAAAACCGAUUUCAUACCCUACAGAGACUCUGUAUUGACUUGGCUGCUCAGGGAGAAUUUAGGUGGUAAUUCCAGGACUGCUAUGGUGGCUGCUCUCAGUCCAGCGGACAUUAACUACGAUGAGACACUCAGCACGCUUAGAUAUGCAGAUCGGGCCAAACAGAUCAAGUGCAACGCCGUCAUCAACGAGGAUCCCAACGCCAAGCUGGUGCGCGAGCUGAAGGAUGAAGUCACUCGGCUGAAGGACCUCCUGCGCGCUCAGGGGCUGGGGGACAUUCUGGACACGCCCAUCGGUUCCCUGACAGCCUCCCCAUCCUCCAGCUCUCUCAGCAGUCAGACAGGCCUGCAGUCUGUCUCCAGCAUUCAGGAGCGCAUCAUGUCCACGCCAGGAGGAGAGGAGGCCAUCGAGAGGCUCAAGGAAUCGGAGAAGAUCAUUGCAGAGCUCAAUGAGACCUGGGAGGAGAAACUGAGGAAGACGGAAGCCAUCCGGAUGGAAAGGGAGGCACUCCUGGCGGAGAUGGGCGUGGCCAUACGCGAGGAUGGUGGGACACUGGGGGUCUUCUCGCCCAAAAAGACGCCGCACCUGGUUAACUUGAAUGAAGACCCUCUGAUGUCUGAAUGCCUGCUUUAUUAUAUCAAAGAUGGAAUUACAAGGGUCGGCCAGGCAGAUGCAGAGAGACGUCAGGACAUUGUCCUGAGUGGCGCCCACAUCAAAGAGGAGCACUGCAUCUUCCGGAGCGAGCGGAAUUCGAAUGGGGAUGUGAUUGUGCUGCUGGAGCCCUGCGAGGGGUCGGAGACCUAUGUCAACGGGAAGCGAGUCAGUUCGGCAGUGCAGUUGCGCUCAGGUAACCGGAUCAUCAUGGGAAAGAACCAUGUGUUCCGGUUCAACCACCCGGAGCAGGCGCGUGCCGAGAGGGAGAAGACUCCGUCCGCCGAGACGCCCUCGGAGCCCGUGGACUGGACCUUCGCCCAGAGGGAGCUGCUGGAGAAGCAGGGCAUCGACAUGAAGCAGGAGAUGGAGAAAAGACUUACGGAAAUGGAGAUCCUGUACAAAAAAGAGAAAGAAGAAGCAGAUCAGCUGCUUGAACAGCAGAGAUUGGUGUACGAGAGCAAGCUGCAGGCGCUGCAGAAGCAGGUGGAGACCCGCUCCCUGGCCGCGGAGACGCCCGAGGAAGAGGAGGAGGAGGAGGAGGAAGCGACCUGGACCCAGCAUGAGAUCGAGCUCGCACAGUGGGCCUUCAGGAAGUGGAAAUAUCACCAGUUCACGUCUCUCAGGGACCAGCUGUGGGGCAACGCAGUCUAUCUGAAGGAGGCCAACGCUAUCAGCGUCGAGCUGAAGAAGAAGGUGCAGUUCCAGUUCGUGCUGCUCACGGACACGCUGUACUCCCCGCUGCCCCCCGAGCUGCUGCCCCCCGAGCUGGAGAAGCAGCGGGACCCCUGGCCCUUCCCGCGCACGGUGGUGGCUGUGGAGGUGCAGGACCUGAAGAACGGGGCCACGCACUACUGGUCUCUGGAGAAGCUCAAGCAGCGGCUGGAGCAGAUGCGCGAGAUGUACGACCGCGCGGGCGAGAUGGCCUCGUCCGGCCAGGAGGACCCCGAGGGCGCACUCACGGGCAGCGACCCUUUCUACGAUCGCUUCCACUGGUUCAAACUCGUAGGGAGCUCCCCGAUCUUCCACGGCUGCGUGAACGAGCGCCUGGCGGAGCGCACCCCCUCCCCCACCUUCUCCACGGCCGACUCGGACAUCACCGAGCUGGCGGACGAGCGGCGGGACGAGAUGGAGGACUUCGACGACGACGAGGCCUUCGUGGACGACACGGGCUCCGACGCCGGCACGGAGGAGGGCUCCGACCUCUGCGGCGACGGCCAGGACCCCUUCUACGAUCGCUCCCCCUGGUUUAUUUUAGUGGGCAGAGCCUUCGUGUACCUGAGCAACCUGCUGUACCCAGUUCCGCUGGUCCACAGAGUGGCCAUUGUGACCGAGAAGGGGGAGGUGCGUGGGUUUCUGCGGGUUGGAGUCCAAGCUAUCGCAGCCGACGAGGAGGCGCCGGAUUAUGGUUCUGGGGUGCGGCAGUCGGGCACGGCGAAGAUCUCCUUUGACGACGAGUACUUCAAAACGACUGAUUUUUCCACAGUGGCCAUGACUCGCUCAGGGCUCUCCCUGGAGGAACUGCGCAUUGUGGAAGGUCAAGGUCAAAGUUCAGAGGUCAUCACACCUUCAGAAGAAAUCAACAGAAUAAAUGACAUCGAUCUCAAGCUGGGCAACGUGGACACCAAACUGACGCUGGAGGGCCUGUCGGAGAAGCUGGGGGGUCACUUGGAGGUCGGCAGCAUCUUCACCUUCCGCGUGACGGUCCUCCAGGCCAGCGGCAUCCUGCCCGAGUACGCAGACAUCUUCUGCCAGUUCAAUUUUCUGCACCGCCACGACGAGGCGUUCUCCACGGAGCCCCUGAAGAACACAGGCCGGGGCUCGCCCCUGGGCUUCUACCACGUGCAGAACAUUGCCGUGGAGGUGACUGAGUCAUUCAUAGAGUACAUCAAGACCAAGCCCAUAGUGUUUGAAGUCUUUGGCCACUACCAGCAACACCCACUGCAUCUUCAAGGCCAGGAUCUGAACAGUCCUCCACAGCCCUCACGGAAAUACUUUCCUCCUCCCAUGCCAUUGUCCAAGCCAGUACCGGCCACCAAGCUGAACACCAUCAGCAAGCCCAACCUCGGCCAGUGUGUGAGCAAGUAUGACCUGCUGGUGUGGUUCGAGAUCAGCGAGCUGGAGCCCACUGGGGAGUAAUUAUUUUUCAUCAAGAGCUUGUUUCCUUGUGAUCCAGGUCGCAUCAGGAACAAACCGGAAGUCGAUGACACUGCGGUUGAUGCUGUGCUGUCUCUAAACAUCAUUUCAGCCAAGAAUGUUAAGUCUUCUCACAGCUCCAACAGGACGUUCUACCGCUUUGAAGCAGUGUGGGACAGCUCCCUGCACAACUCUCUCCUCCUCAACCGAGUGACUCCGUACGGGGAGAAGAUUUACAUGACCCUGUCUGCGUACCUGGAGCUUGACCACUGCAUCCAGCCCGCGGUCAUCACCAAGGACGUGUGCAUGGUCUUCUACUCCCGGGACGCCAAAAUCUCCCCGCCGCGCUCGCUGAGGAGCCUGUUCGGGAGCGGCUACUCGAAGACGCCCGACUGUAACAGAGUCACGGGGAUCUACGAGCUGAGCUUGUGCAAAAUGGCGGACACGGGUAGCCCAGGUGAGUACUGGGAAAUUCCCCUGCCCCUUCCCAUGAGCCCCAGCUCUGCGGGCACAGUGUGUGCUCGGGCACCCCCAGUGUUUUUGAUCGUGUUAUUGUUAAAACAGGGAAUACAUUUUGAUGUGUUUGGAAGGAAAGGCCCGUUCUGCAAGUGCCUGUCUAGUUCUGAGUGCGCAGUAGCAGAAAGCGGUGUUCGUGGCCCGUGUGGUUUCGGUAGGUGGACUGCGAUGUUGUCUGUCUGGACCCUCGUGUCCUGUCCCGGUGCCUGGCCUCACCGCAGGCUCUCCCGGCAGGUGGAGAAGACCCGGCACCUGCUCCUGCUGCGCGAGAAGCUGAGCGAGACGGCGCCCAAGUCCCUGAGCGAGCCCGUCUCGCCCACCGCGAGCAGCGGCUCCCUCAGCACCUCCACCAGCAUCUCCUCCCAGAUCUCCACCGCCACCUUCGAGAGCGCCAUCACGCCCAGCGAGAGCAGCGGCUACGACUCGGCCGACAUCGAGAGCCUGGCGGACCGCGAGAAGGAGCUCGCCACCAAGUGCCUGCGCCUUCUGACCCACACCUUCAACCGAGAGUACAACCAGGUGUGCAACAGCAUCAGCGACUGCAAGCUGUCCGACAUCUCUCCCAUCGCUCGGGACCCCUCGGUCUCCAGCCUCAGCAGCGCCACCCUCACCCCCUCCUCCACUUGCCCCUCCCUCGCCGACUCCCGCUGCAGCUCUGUGGACCAGAAAACCCCAGAAGCUAACUCCCGGGCCUCCAGCCCCUCCUGUCCAGACUACGAGAACUUCCCCAUGGUGCCCACCCUGGAGACCCCCUACCUAGCGCGAGCUGGCAAGAACGAGUUCCUCAACCUGGUGCCUGACAUCGAGGAGAUGAGGCCGGGGUCUGUGGUAUCCAAGAAGGGGUACCUGAACUUCAUGGAGCCACGCUCCAACUCGUGGGUGAAGCACUUCGUGGUGGUGCGCCGGCCAUACGUCUUCAUCUACAACAGUGACAAGGACCCUGUGGAGAGAGGUGUCCUUAACCUGUCCACCGCCCAGGUCGAGUACAGUGAGGACCAGCAGGCCAUGUUAAAGACACCCAACACAUUUGCAGUGUGCACAAAACAUCGUGGGAUACUCCUACAGGCCAUCAAUGACAAAGAUAUGAAUGACUGGUUAUAUGCCUUUAACCCACUGCUAGCAGGAACGAUAAGGUCAAAGCUUGCGAGACGGCGUUCGGACCAGCUGAAGAAUUGAAAGGCCAUUGAUCUGGCCAGUGAAGAUACCAAGUGUUAACACUUAUUAAUCUUUGUGAUUCUUGACGGUUUUCUCUUGUAUGUGGAACAUGUGGCUUAACCCUCCUUUGAAGCAAUGUUUUAGUUACCGAAACCUUUCCUCCCCUGUCUAUCCUUGGCCUUCCUUAUCUUCCGUUUUUUUUUCUGUCAUCCCUAAACCUUCUACUAGUAGCAUGUUGUAAUACAGUCUAGUUGUGUGUGCACGAUUCUUCAGCAGUUUUCUCCUAUUCUUGAGUUUUAGUGUCUGUAAGGUUGUCCUUUUCAGUGUUAUCUGUCCGUCUCAAACAUUCUUGAUUCGUGCCUGCAUGGUAACCAUGGCUGUCCUCAGGGUAGGAGCAGGUCCUUUUCCAUAGCAAAUUAGAAAGCACCAUCAAAACUGAUCAUGGAAAGAAACUGAAGAAAGAGACCGUUUAUUGUGUACUUUCCUUAUGCCAGCAGUGCAGGGAUCUAAUGUACCUCUGUAUUCUAUACAUCAAGUGUAUUUUUAACAGAUAACUAUAGGGGUGGCUUCAAUUCUCCUGCUACAGCCUUCAAGGAAGGAAAAUGCCUCUCUGGUUAAAAACUAUCCAAAGCGGAUAAAGAUACAAGGACUAAGCCGAUUCUUGUUGUCAGCUCUGAUUUGUUUCCACGCUGGAGGGACAGUGUUGUCGGUAGACAGGACAGCGCAAGUUAGAGGCCAGACCGCAGGAGCUGCUCUCCGCUGGUACAGGACCCGGCUAUGUCCGGUCGCGGGGCGGUGGGACACUGUAACAGUCAGACCAGUUGCAGGUCAGCAAGCGAACAGCCACAGCAAACGCACUCAAACAUACUGUAGAAAUCAUUCGACAGCUUGUGCGUUAACCUGGUGCUGGAAUUAAAACAGCAGAAGGAGGCGAGGGACUAGAUUUUCUUAGGCCCCCUCGAGGGUGGCUGGUGCGAAUUCAACGUGAAAACGAAAUGGCUGACAGAAAAUAGCUCUCCGCUUUUCUUGCUGGGGUGCUGGAGAGAGGGGCUGCUGCAUCCUCCACAGGCCACAGAAUCUCCAUGCUGCAUUAUUCCACAUACCCUGAAGUACCCAGAGUCUCUGUGUUACCCACUGCUGUGCCCAUGACUAAGUUCUCGGACCUUCCAGUUACUGGGCAGUAACUCCACACUUCCUGCAAGUGGUAGCAGGGGGAUUUGGGAGGGUAGUAGCCAUACAGGCUGUGUAUACAAUGCAAGAAUGUCCUUUGUAUAUGUAAGCUUCAGAUUUAAUGUUUGUACCAGUGUUUAUAUAGUAAUUCUACAGCACCUGUUUGCGAGAAUUUCCUGCUUUGAUUGCAAGUUACUUUUCUUUGUCGAUAUUCCCGAGAGGUUUGGUUUAUGGUUCUACUCUUGUUUGAGGUGGCCAAAGGGACACUUGCAUUCGGAGUCUUUUCCGGCCUCUGAAGCUGCAGACACACUAGGAGGCUCUCGAUACCUGGAGCAAUGAAGUCUGAUCGGCUAAUAUCCUGGACCCUACAACCACAUUCGUAUGACUGGGGCGCCUUUUUGUUUUAAAUUGGAUUUUAGUUUUUGAGCACUUUCAUUUUAUCAUGUCCCUUCAGGCUUAUGAAAUGCACAGGAUAUCAGUACCCUGAGUCUCAGGCUUGCUUUUCUUUUGCAUGUCUAGUAAUAUGCAAUCAGACAUUGAAAUCCAGUAACCAGUCAUAGUGAUGGUAAGAUUUUGCACCCUUUAAAGUAUGUCCUUUGCGAUUUAAUCUGGCUUACAUUAUUUUCAGCCUUUUUUUUUUAUUUGGCCUCUUUGUUUUUGAUGGCCCUCUUAAGAAGCAAACAGGGUUAGAGUUAGGAGAUUCACAAUGAAGGAACACAGGAGUGCAUUUUGGGGGGGGUUUCUGCAGCUUUGCUAAUUACAAAGCAUCCACUUGUUGUUUUUUUUGUGUCUCACAAUGAAGAGAUGAUUUCCCCUCUCUUUCAUGUUUUAAGAUUCUUUGCACAUUUUACAAUGCCAGUACGACAUGUGUAGGACAGAAAGGGGUGAUCAGGCCCUGCUGCUGGAGAGUUCAGAGAAAGUCCAGCACAGUCGGUUCAUGAAGAAUCGGCUUAGUACUAACAGUACAAGCACUGAUGUUAGGAUCAUUUGGUCAGUACCAACGUAGAAUGAUAAGGAAGAAGCGUGAUGUUCAGAUUGUGUACUGCUGGAUUCUUCGGAGCAUACAAGAUGCAUCACAGAAAAUGAAGGGAAAAAUCAAAACUACUCUGAUCAAAUUGUUAUUUUUGUAUUCUUCUUAUUCUUUUCUUAUUAUUGAUGGACACCAGCAUGAAAGGCUUUGCUCUCUUUAAAUGACAAAUGUAAAGUCAACAGAUCCCUGGGUCCAAAACUCAUUCUGAAGUAUGAUAUUUAUUUAACAUGGUAUUUAUGUAAUAGUUGUCUUAGCUCCUCGACUUUCAUUACUGAUUAACUAUCCUUUAACAGAACGUGGCAUGCAAGCGCCAUUGUAUUGAGCCUGGUGCUCCUGUUCUUUAGCAUUAUGGUGCUGGGGGUUUGUGUCACUGAGAGUGCGAACUUAGAAGAAGCAGGGCUCUGGCCAGCCAACCAGCAGUACCUGCUGUUAAGAGUGAAUAUAGCCCAGUGGCUACAGACAGAUAGGAAGGGCAGGAGCAGUAAAGGCCAGUGCAUUUGUGCUCUUUCUUUUUGCACUAGUUCCAGCUACAACAAGCGACUGAUCCUUGAAGGUGUGUUUCUAACUCAUUCAGACUUGGGAUCGAAGCACUGAAGACCAUGUUUUCUGUUUGCACUCACAGAAGAUGUGUGAAAGUGAUGAAAAGGCUGCUGUGAUUCUGGGGCCAGGAAGCCUCUGGAAAAGUGAAGCAUAGCGUGUCUUGAAGCAUAACACUCAUGCCUUGCUGGCUGUUCUAGUGCAAAGACUUCAUGCUGGAAAUAAUUUUAAAAAUAAAAGUGCAUUUGACUAAAAUAAAUAAUCAUCACUUGUAUUUUAAAGUGGGUUUGCAUUCUAUGCACCCUUACUAAUGUUGGAAAAAUUCUAAUUUCUCUUCCCAUAGUACCCAGGUUUCCGAACGAGACGUGACUCGAGCUGGUUUAAAAGAGCAAAGGUUUUCAAACCUUCAUUUUUUGAGUUGCUGGGUUCCUAACCUACAGAGGAGCAAAUGGACUUUAACUGUAUUUAUUUUCAAUUGCAACGUGUAUAUAUUAGUCUGCAGCUUUUUGCACAACAUAAAACGAUACCAGACGUGUGGUCAAGUUUUGGCAUUUUAUCAAUAAUGGUCAUUCCACAAACUCUGCUUAUCAAUGAUACUUGAACAAAAUGAAGCAGUCUUGAUACAUACAGGAUGGGUCAGUGGAAUUGAUAAAGGGAAUAGGCUUACGUGUUUUGGGACAGGCACUAUAUGCUGCUGUGAGAGGAUGUUGAAUGUACUGUCAAUAAGUAACAUGUUGCCCACAUGCAUUGUUUUUCCAUUGUUUAAAAAGGACAGCAUUAUUGUAGUCCAGGAUUACUUUUCCAUCUGGAGCUGGUUUAUUGUUGUGCUUCCAUUUACAAGGAAAAGGUCAACUAGUUUCAAACAACUUGAUUUCUUUUAAGAGGUCAUUUAUUAGAAGAACUUAUAUGAUGUGUUUUGCGAUAGCCUAGUUCUAUACUAUAGGAUUAUGAUGUUGAAAGUGGGCCUAUAUUAGGUUUUUUAAUAGCUGGUAGUAACUUAAAAUAUUUAAAACUACACAUGGCUCAGGCCUACAAGAAACAGUUCAUUUUCACAUUUUCAGGGCAUUUAUACAUUAACACUCAUCUUAAAGCUUUUCAUCCAUUAAAGAAAGUAAACAACAUUGUUCUUAAACAACCCAAAAAACACAGUAUAUUAAACAAUUUCCCCUAGAAGAAGACUUUUCUUUGAAACUGAAGGUUGACAUUCCCUUUAACACUUUUAAGAAACCAUUAACACUGUAUAUUAAUUGUCAGAUUUGCUUCAUUUUCAUACUUAUUUUGUAAAUAUAUAUGUUGUAUGGAGCUUGAACUAAAAUGUAAAUAUAUUUCAUGUAUUUGUACUAAUUAUAACCCAUUUGCUGUAUAGCAUAGACGUGUAAUGCAGAUAUAUCUAAUUCUGUGUAUGGUAACCUUGCACCAUUGAACUGUUUAGUGAACAAGGUAACAAAUAAAGGUACAACCAGUGCAUUAGCAUAA